UGGUGGGAGUAUCAUCAUAAAAGCCUAGCAAGACAUGUCACCUUAAAAGCAGUCUUAUUUCGACUUUCAUUCAAGUCACAUCGAAUAUGACAUCAAAUUCAAGUGUACUUUUACAAACAGGGCAAAAAAUGCCCAUAUUGGGAUUUGGCACUUGGCACGCAACUGGAGAAGAGUUAGAAAAAGCUCUCGAUGCAGCUUUGGAAGCAGGAUACAGGCACAUCGAUACUGCGACAGUAUAUGAAAACGAAUGUACAAUUGGCAAAGUCUUGAAAAAAUGGUUUGAUUCUGGCAAAAUCAAGCGUUCUGAUUUGUUUAUAGUGACAAAGGUACCGCCGAGUGGAAAUAGACCAAAGGAUAUAGAAAAAUGGCUUAAGCAAUCGCUUCAAAACUUGCAAAUAACUUAUGUGGACUUAUAUCUGGUGCAUGUCCCUUUUGCAUUUGAGGAUGCUGGAGAGGAUUUACAUCCACAUAAUAAAGACGGAGAAAUUAGACUUGAUGUACAUACAGACCAUUUAAAAAUUUGGUCAACAAUGGAGCAACAAGUGCUGGAAAAGCGUACCAAAGCAAUUGGAUUGUCAAAUUUUAACAAAAAACAAAUCGAAAAGAUUCUAGAACAUGCAAAAAUACCUGUGUCAAAUUUACAAAUUGAAUUGCAUUUGAAUUUCCAACAAAAGGAAUUGGUACAGUUUUGUGAACAGCAGAACAUUAGAGUCACAGCGUACUCGCCAUUAGGUUCUUAUGGAUUUUUCAAGAAGAUAGGUGUGCCAAAUUUGUUAGAAAAUACUGUCGUAUUACAACUUGGAGUCAAGUACAAGAAAACACCUGCUCAAAUACUGCUUAAACACAUUAUUCAAAAAAAAAUAGUAGCCAUACCAAAAAGUUCAACUGUUUCGCGAAUUGAAGAAAAUAUCAAACUAUUUGAUUGGGAACUAACAACUGAAGAUAUGAAAGAAUUAAAUAAGCUGGAUUGUGGAGAAUUUGGGCGCAUUUGUAAUUUUAGUUUUUUUAAAGGUAUCGAAAAACAUCCUGAAUAUCCAUUCUAAUAUUACACAAGUAUUAUGCUAAACUUUAUCAAUUAUAUCUUAUUGCGCUUUUUGUAUAUCUCAUUAUAUUUUUCAUAUACGUUAUAAUAUAAUAAUGUAAAGGGAAUAUUAUAUAUCUUUAAAAAGAAUGUUACAUAUAGACCUUAAUAAACAA